AUGGCAUGCAGGGCAACAUUGAAGCAGCCCAUAGAGUUUCAGGAAUUGCUGCUGAGCCCCGGUUCCCCCAAGCAGCAACUCUGUGCCCCUCUACCCGGCCCCACUCCGGGCCUCAGGCCCAGGAUGCUUCAGAUGCAGAUGCCACCGGCAAGUCUCCAGCAGCCUGCCCUGGAGCAAAGUCGCCUUCCAACUCCGGAGCAAAUUUUUCAGAACAUAAAGCAAGAAUGUAGCCGUUAUCAGAGAUGGAGACAUUUAGAGGUUGUCCUCAGUCAGAGUGAAGCCUGUACUUCAGAAAGCCAGCCUCCCUCCUCGGCACUCACCGCACCAAUUUCACCAGGUUCUUCCUGGAUGAAGAAGGACCAGCCCACCUUUACCCUUCGACAAGUGGGGAUAAUAUGUGAGCAGCUCCUAAAAGACGAUGAAGAUAAAGUCCGAGAGGAGUAUGAGCAGAAUCUCGGUACCAACCUCGCAGAACAGUAUGAAUCUUUUGUGAAAUUCACACAUGAUCAGAUUAUGCGGCGAUAUGGGACAAGGCCAACAAGCUAUGUAUCCUGAAGCCUUCUUGCCUAUCUUGGUACCUGGUGUGACCUCAAGAGAUGGCUGCUGUACACUUUUUGCAACUGGUUUGAUAUCACAUUUCAGC